AUGAUUCUUAGGUUCUUAUUCAUUUUUGCACUAUUUUUCCAUGAAUCCUACGGGAAUAUUGUGGAGCAAGUUCACCUGAGCCUCAGUGGGAAGCCUGAUGAAAUGGUGGUAACGUGGCUAACGCAGGAACCAUUACCAAAUGUGACUCCGUAUGCAAUUUUCGGUCUGUCAAGUGAUGCUAUGAGGCUCACAGCAAAAGGAAUUACAACUGGAUGGGCAGAUCAAGAGAAUGGAACAAUGAGGUAUACACAUAGAGCAACUAUGCAGAAUAUGGUACAAGGACAGACUUAUUAUUACCAAGUAGGCAGUUCUCAAGCGAUGUCUUCCAUUUACCACUUCCGUCAACCUGACCAAUCCCUAGCCCUCCGAGCUGCAAUUUUUGGAGAUUUGAGCGUCUAUAAAGGUCAACAAUCGAUAGAUCAAUUGAUUGAAGCAAGAAAAAAUAACCAAUUUGAUAUAAUCAUUCACAUUGGGGAUUUGGCAUACGACUUGCAAGGUGAAAAUGGAGCAACUGGAGAUGAUUAUAUGAAUGCAAUUGAGCCAUUUGCUGCAUAUGUUCCUUAUAUGGUUUUCGCCGGAAACCACGAGGUUGACGGAAACUUCAACCAUAUUGUAAACCGCUUCACAAUGCCUAGAAAUGGAGUAUACGACAACAAUCUUUUUUGGAGCUUCAAUGGAUUCGUUUUAUUGCAAUAAACUCUGAAUAUUACGCUGAAGCAAUGUCUACUGAAACCCAGGCUCAAUAUAAAUGGCUUCAGGAGGAUCUUGCACAAAAUAAGAAAAAAUGGACAAUUGUAAUGUUCCAUAGACCAUGGUAUUGUUCAAGUAAAAAGAAGAAAGGAUGUAAUGAUGAUCAAGAUAUUCUAUCAAGAGAAGGUGAUAAGAAAAAGUUUCCAGGAUUAGAGGAAUUAUUGAAUCAGUAUAAAGUUGAUAUGGUAUUAUAUGGACAUAAGCAUACUUACGAGAGAAUGUGGCCAAUUUAUAAUAAGAAUCCAUUCAAAUCGGCUGAUCCUGGACAUAUUAAGAAUGCACCUGCACCGGUUUAUAUUUUGACGGGAGGAGCGGGUUGCCAUUCCCAUGAGGACCCAUCUGAUCACAUAAUGCAAGAUUUUUCUGUGAAAGCACUUGGAGAAUAUGGAUAUACUUAUCUUACUGUAUACAAUUCAACACAUAUUUCAACUAAUUAUGUGGAUACUUCAAGUACGACUGGAAAGUUUUUGGAUCCUUUCGUUUUGGAGAAACAGUGA